UCAAGACAAGUAACAACAAUGUUCAAGGCUACUCUCCUGGUAUGCGCUCAGGCGCUCUUCGUUCAGUCCAUCGCUGGACAGUGUCUUGGAGCUGGUUUCGGUCCUCUCGCCGCUGAGCUUCCUCUGUCUUCUGCCAACUGGGCUGGUAUGUCUGCUGGUCCUUGCGGUGCUGCUGGUCUCUUUGACGGUUCUUGGUCUGCCGCCGGUGGUCCCUUCUAUGGUGCUGGUUACGGACCUGCUGCCGCUUCUGCCUCUCAUGGAGCUUUACCUGUAUCCAGUGCAUCCAUGAUCCCACCAAGUGGAGUGUCUGUACGAUCAGACAACGCCAUCGAAGGACCUCUCGCAGUCUCCGGUGCUCUGCCAUUCUUGGGAACCGUAGCUUUGGAGGGCGCUCUGCCCACCGCUGGUGCUGGUGCAGUGGCUUACGGAGCCGGUAACGGAGAAGUCGCCAUGUUGUCUGAAGAUAUCGGCGCCGAUGGAUUCAACUCCCUGGCUGGUGGUCUUGGUUAUGGAGCUGGUGCUCUUAGUUAUGGAGCUGGUGGUCUUGGUUAUGGAGCUGGUGCUCUUGGUUAUGGAGCUGGUGCUCUUGGUUAUGGAGCUGGUGCUCUUGGCUAUGGAGCUGGUGCCCUUGGCCUUGCAGCUGGUCCAUUAGGAUACAACGGUGCUUUAUCUGGCCUAGGAUAUGCACGAGCUGGUUGCGGCUGUGGAUCCCCGGAGCAACCUGCAGACGGCCUACCUGAUGGAGGUAGUACCGUCGCCCAUGGACAUUCGCAAAGUAGAUUUGCGGAUGUGUUGCCACCCUUGAUUGGGGAAGAGGGGGAGCAAAAGAUAGGAAAGGGUGGGAAAAGCUGCAAGGCCAAGAGCACCAGCUCCAUAACCAAGAGCACCAGCUCCAUAACCAAGAGCACCAGCUCCAUAACCAAGACCACCAGCCAGGGAGUUGAAUCCAUCGGCGCCGAUAUCUUCAGACAACAUGGCGACUUCUCCGUUACCGGCUCCGUAAGCCACUGCACCAGCACCAGCGGUGGGCAGAGCGCCUUCCAGAGCUACGGUUCCCAGGAAUGGCAGAGCACCGGAGACUGCGAGAGGUCCUUCGAUGGCGUUGUAAAGCUCCAUGAGAGGCAGAAGCGGCAGCAGGUCCGUAACCAGCACCAUAGAAGGGACCACCGGCGGCAGACCAAGAACCGUCAAAGAGACCAGCAGCACCGCAAGGACCAGCAGACAUACCAGCCCAGUUGGCAGAAGACAGAGGAAGCUCAGCGGCGAGAGGACCGAAACCAGCUCCAAGACACUAAUGCAUACAGCCAAUGCUUAAACAACGUUUAUGGCGCCGGCCUCGCAUAUCCAGGUGCCUACGGUUUAGAGGCUGGACUUGCAGGUGCUUAUGGUUUAGAGGCUGGACUUGCAGGCGCUUAUGGUUUGGAAGCUGGACUUGCAGGUCCUUUCGCUCUGGAUGCAGGUCUGGCUCCAGCCGCUUUCGGUUACCCAGCUGCUGGGCUAGCUGGCGCUUACGGAGGUGCUGGUAUAGGAGAUAUAGCAGUCGCUGGUGAGAUGCCCGUCGCUGGAACCACCCUCGUCGCUGGACAGGUGCCCAUACUCGGAGCUGUUCGCUUCGCUGGUGACCUGCCGGCCGCUGGCACAGUCUCGAUCACUGGAGGUAGCGCCUGCGGUUGCGGACGCUAUCUAUAAAUUUCUGAUGAAUUUU